GUGCAGAUUCGCAGUUGCGUUGCUCCUCUAAUUUUCAUCAACACUAGCUUCCCGUCUCAAUUUUUGGCGUUUUUACGGUUGUGUAUGGCAUCCCAGAAACGCGUACACACUACAGCAGCCUCAAGACUGCGGCAAGAUUAUCUACGUAUCCUGAAAGAUCCUGUACCUUACAUCACAGCGCUGCCAUUGUCAUCAAAUAUCUUGGAAUGGUACGUGACGUUUCAUCAUUUUUAUCAUUUAUCAAUACAAUUAUUUAUUUCCUAUGUAUUGAUUUCUCUCAUAUCGUGGUCCUUUGGUCUAUUUUGAUAGGCAUUAUGUGGUCAGAGGGCCAGAAAAUACACCGUACGCAGGUAACUCGUCUUUGUCGGUUUUUAUGUGCGUAAAUUUUCAAGAUCAGUUGUAGAUAGAAGUCCGUGUUCGAUUAAUAUAAGUCAUGUAGGUUGUCAUCUGUAGAUGUUUUAAGAUCAGUCUUUCCUUUGCUUCAAAACGUAACUUGUGUAAUCAUAGACACCUGAUAUUUUUUCCUUUUACGUUGUGAAGUGAAAUGUAAGCUUACUCAGUGUCUUUGAUAACAAUCAUACGUAUCUGUGCAUCAUCAUUUCUGAGUUACGAUUUAUGAGUAAUGUGCUUCUUACAGUGGUAUAGUGGAACUUGUUGGAAUACAACUUUCUUGGCUAAUUUUAAACUAUAUGCCACAGAACCUUCUAUAACAAUUGUUCUAUCAGGCAUGCAGCAAUGAGUUGGUUAUUUAACAAAUCAACCGUAGUUUAACAUGGUCUGCACUCUUAUCAACAAUGAGUUAAUACAGUGGACUCACUGUUGUGGACUUGCUUUUGUGGACUUGGGUGGACUCACUCAGCUACGCCUCGUGACUCCACAACAAAUUUUGACCAUGCUGAAAAGCAAUUUGUUUUUACCACAAUAUCAACAUUAAGUAAAACAAUUCUUUCAGUGUGUGACCAUUGCAUGACAUGUUGACAGAAGCAAUGUUGUCUGCGCUCUUUUUGACACUGGCAAAUUGGCCAAUCAGACUGCGACAUUACUGUCAAUUGUGGUAAAAAUGUAAUCUCAUGUUCAGCUAGCCUGAGUAUGAUAGUUGUUUAAGGAAAAUCUCACACAAAUUCCACACCAGUGAACCCAUACACUUUGUGUAGGUAAUCACAUGAUUUCGAGUGCAAUUAUAAAUAAAUAAGCACGAGCAAAUUUUUUUAAAGACUAACAAAAUUGCAUGAACCCAUAGGGCGAGUGCAAUUUGUGGUCUUUGAAAAAUUAUCAAGUGCUCAUUAUUCCAAAUUGCAUGAGAAAAAUUAUGUGAUUAGGUGUUAAUAAUAAACAUGAAAAAAUACAAGAUAGCUUAUCAUAAUUAAGCAUAAGCAAAGCAUGUGCAUCAAGUGCAAAAAUAAUUUAUUCAAACCAUGUGUUCGGUCAAAACAACUGUGUAUGAUCAAAACAAUAAUAUACAAUGAUAUCUUCCCAUCUUUAAGGCGCAAAAAAGUUCAAAGUCAGGCUAAACAGUUUAAGGAAUUGUUCAGUCUGUGUCCAAAUCACUUUCAAUUAAAUGGAAUCGUCAUUUCCGCAGUUUAACCCUGUUUGUUUUUAAUUUGGGCAUUGGAUCGCUGGAGCAAAGUGUUAAGCUGGGUUGGUGCAUAAUUUUCUAUUUCCCUGGCAAUUCCCUUCUCUAAACACCACUUUUUCCAAACCGACAACCAAAAAGCAGUGAUUUUUUACAGUGCUUUUGUUGUUUGAGCUGUUUUCAGCCAUGGUGGCGAAAGAAAACCUACCUAAAACACUGGCCAUUGUUUCGCUCACAAAUUUUCAAAUUUUCAAAUUUUGUUGCGACAUCCAAGGCUUGCAUUUAAUUGGCUGUCUAUGAGUUUCUUUGAUUACUGACCAAUCAGAAUGUCUGAUUUGUUACUUUCUUUACACUUAAUUAACCCUCUUCUGCACUGAAUUACAUGAAAACUGCAUUUAUCUUGACCAAUCAGAACUGAGUAAUUUUUUCAUGAUGUUAUUAGCAUUUAUAUUCUCUCUUUGUGAAUAAAUGAGUGCACAAAGUGAUUCCAACCCUUAACAUGGCGUAAUUCAACAUAUAAGGUACACUGUAUGGUGUGAUUAUUUUUAUUUUGGUUAUUUAGGUGGUUACUAUCAUGGCAAGCUAGUUUUUCCAAAAGAUUUCCCUUUUAAACCACCAAGGAUAUUUAUGAUCACACCAAAUGGACGAUUCAAAGUGAACACAAGGUGAGCUGGGUUUUUCUUGAUUCCUUUUUUUUUUUUUCUUUUGAAAAAAGGUACUAAUAUCUGAAGCAGAACAAUUCAAUUUCUUGAUUUGUUUGGCCAAGAAAGAUGUUUUUUUAAGAUGUGCAUGAAGUGUAAUAUCAGCAGAAACUAGUCUUAAGUUUUCGAGGUCAUUACUCAGAUUGCUCAUGAAAAUUUGCAAUAAAUAUGACCUACACAUACUUGUAGUAACAGUUUCUUUUGAGGUUAAACACAGGCAUGUUAUCUAAUUUUUUCCUACAGUUUUAUUGAAAUGUUCUUGAAUGUGAAACAUAACUUGGCUGGAUUUCAAAAAUUGUUUUUACAUGUACAUUACACUGGACAUUUACAUUUGAUCUCUGUUUUUCAUUAUGACAAUGGCUUGUUCCAAGUACCUGUAAUUUUUUCCUCAAAUUUUCAGAUUAUGUUUGUCAAUAAGUGACUUUCACCCUGACACAUGGAAUCCAGCUUGGUCAGUCUCAACCAUUCUGACUGGCUUACUAAGUUUCAUGGUAUGUUUCCAAUUUGAUGUGCAUGCUACUGUCUUGGAGUAGCAAUUGCAUUAUUAUAGAGAUUUUCAGUGUUAUUCCUAUAGAUUUAGUAGUUCACCACAUGAAUGCCUUUUGGAAAUGGCGCUAGAUGUUCAACCCUGUCUAUCUUUCUGUCUGAUGAGGAGUUAUCUUCAGUCGAAUAUUUUAAGUCCACUUUGUGUAAACUGACUGGUCAGUUUAACUGUGAUGUUAUCAGCUAAACCUGAUAUUAAAAGUGUUAUUUAUAAUCAGGCCUGGAAAACAAUACAGUUUCAAAUGUCCUGUGAGGUUUUGAUGACUUACUUAAUUAUACAGUUUUUGGUUUCUUAGGUGGAAACAUCGCCAACCCUCGGCAGCAUAGAGACAUCGGAAUUCCAGGUAUUUAAAGGAUAUGGGGAAAAUGAAAAUUGGUGGGGGGGGUAGUUUAGUUGCUAUGUGUUUAUCUCAGUAAUUUCUUAAAUACUGUACAACCAGGAAAUAACAGUAUCCACUGUACUGUAUGUGCCUAUUGAAAACUUGUGCACAAUCUACACUGUACAAUGUACACAUGUCAAUUUUAACUUCAAUUUCAGAAAAGGCAGCUUGCUUUAAGAAGUGGACCAUUUAACUUACAAGACAAAAUAUUUUGUGAACUUUUCCCCGAUAUGGUAGAGGUGAGUGCAAUAAAAUGACUCAUUCAUUUUACAUUGAACCACUGCCAAGUUUCUCAGAAAGAAGUAGGUAAACAACUGUAAGUUGAUAAAGAUAGAUAAACCACCCCAACAAAUUUUGAAAAGCUGACAUUUUUAGCUCUAGCUUCAAUUUUCUCAGACAACAGGCCAACUCUUUGGUUUCCCAAAUUUGCCAAAGCUCUUCAAUAUUAGCAUUGCAGAAGGUGCAUUCUCUGCCUAAGGGAGGAUUUGAGAUGAGUUAGGGAGAUGUGCACCAGGGGUCUGGCACCAAUUAUGAGUUUAAUUAUCAGUGCUAGACCCCCCUUGCAGACCUCUCAUGGGCUUGCAUUACUCAAAGCUUCAUACUUUCCAGCUGGCAAAGGAACACCAAUACAUCAUGAAGGCUAGCAUGCAGGCUAUUGUUAACCCAUCUUUAUCAACUUAUAGUUGAUAUCUCUAUGAUUUUUUCUCUUACCAUUAUGUCCAGCACAAACAGAUUCCUUAACCCUUCACACCCUAACAUCAGUAAAGGUAUUCUCCUUACUGUUCCCCAUACUUUCCCUAAGGUGCUGACAAGGAGAAUUUGUGUAACAAUCAACAGUUUCUUUUGCUGCUGAUAAUUUUCUUUAUUCCCAUAACCUUACUGCAUGAUUCAGGAGUGAUAUUGUAAGGAGAAAUUAGAUGCUAGUCACUCUUGAGGGUUAAAGGGUUAAAAACUAAUAACCUCAUAUAUUUACAAAAUUUUCGGCUGGUUGCUUUCAAGCAGGCCUAAGUAGGUGCUGCAUCAUGAGCAAGAAAACUGUGAGAAGAAACAACCCUGAAUUUCUGUUCAUUUAGAGUUAUCUGCAAUAAAAAAAAUUUAUGAGGAGCUUUUCCCCAAUAUGCGAUUACCUGUUGUUUGUUUUCUAUCUGAUGUUCUUGUCCAACUUCACAGGAAAUCCAAGAAAAAAUGAGAGAAAGAGGAGAGAUGAGGGAGGGACAUGAAACUGCAUCACAGAACAAUAGUAACAAAGAGGGAGAGGUGACUGGGGCUACACGGGAAGGACAAAAUGGCCUCAUCAGUAGUACCCUGGUGAACAUUUGUGUUAUCAUUGGCUUUGCUGCCUUUGCGUAUACAGUCAAAUGUGUCAUAAAGGCUGUUGACAAUAGCUAGAAUAUGCAAGAAAUCAGAAAUUAAUCUCGCAAGGUUUGGCCAAUUUCCAGUAUUAUGAUGCCUUUCAAAUAAUAUUAGUCUCUAGAAAAGGAUUAGGCUCGAAGUGUUUUUCCCCUCAUCUAAUAAGUUCUCAAACAAGCUGUAAAGAAAUGGUUCUGCUGAAAAUCACUCCAAUAAUAGAUGUGCUGUAUCUUUGUAAGAAGCAGUAGGAGUUUUAUAGGUAUUCGGCUAUCCUUUAGAAAUCUAAAAGCAGAAAUCUCUAGUAUCACGUCUUUAACCCUUUAACUUCCAGAAGUGAUUAACGUAAAUCUUCUACCUACAAUAUCCAUACAUUAUUCAGCAAACAGGUAAUGAGAAUAUUGAAACUCAUCAGGUAGAAGCGGCUAUCUUGAUCUAGCAUCAAGUUCUCAUAACUAAUUUACAAAGAAAUUUGUAGCAGCUAGAGGGGAGAAUUAACAAUUAGAUCUUGAGAGUUAAAGGGUUGAAGAAGGACUCUGGGAAGUGAUUGAAGAAAACUGACAGGCUUGAAUUUUUUAGCUUUAAUUUUAUUACUAAUGUCUCUGUAGUUAAUCUUCUCAUCACAUGUAAUCUUUGCUUGUAUUGAGUUUGAUCAAAUUUUUGUAGUAAUCUGUUAAAAUAAUUAUUUCAAAUUAUUUUCAAAUUAAUCAAGGAUGUCAUUGAAAGAUAAAGAAUCUCUAGAAAAAUUGUUAUAGGUAUAUUUUUGGUCGAGUGUCUGUUGAUUCGCCAGUUUUGCUUUGUAUCUGAAGUAUGGUUUAAGUUCUCUUGAAACUGUUUCACAGCUUAAGUCUGAAAAGAUCAGGGAGGGGCCUCCUUUCAAAGCUGUGUUUCUUUUUAAAAAUUAUUCAAGGUAUUAAAAAAAAAAAACUGAUUAACCUUCGUGUCAUCACCAGUAUGAUAACUAGCGAAGUGUGUUCUUUUGCUGAUAGUGUUGUUGCUUACACGUUAACCGUCAGAUUAUGAGGAAGAAAUAAACUUUUCCUAGCCAAUCUUGGGAAAUUAUCGAUUGUUAAUGAUUUUUUCCUUUAAGAAACGUGUUGCACUUGUACAGUUUUCAAAUUAUUUUGUUAUUAUGUUUGACAAGACGUAACUCGGCCAUUUAACAUUUUACUGGAAAAGAAAUUUCGGAGAGAGAAGGCUAAUUUCUGGGAAUAGGAAAUUGUAACCAAAGUUUAUUGUUAUUUGCGGACGUUUAACGUCUGAGUGUCACCCAAAAUCUUACUUUAUCGCAGCAAUUGUUAGCUCAUGUCAUGUAGGUUGUAACGCACUUCGUCACCAAGCGUCGCUCUGUUAUGCGGCAGGUGUGGCGUGACGUAAGGUUUGGGUUUUGGUCGUGAGAACUUACUCGGCUUUCCAACCUCACCUGCCAAUAAGAGAAUAGAUUUUUGUUCACGAAA